GAAUGUAUCUUGUGCAUAUGUCUUUGAGAAUAUGAUAGCGAACUAAACUGGUUUAAACUCGUUAAAACUCAUUGGUCUGAGUCAUAAAAGAUCAGAGAAUCGUCUUGUGUCGUGCUUAAAGUUCAGUGCUUAAAGUUAGUGUUGAGAAUCGUAAUUUUAAAAAAUUGUUAAGAAUAUUUUAUUUAUUUAUUUUAAAACUUGCAUAAUGGAAAUAAAAAUCGAUGAGAAUAUUUUUGAGAAAGUGCUUCGAAAGAAAUUACCUAACGAGAUCGUUCAAAUUCUGGAAAUUAAACGUCACUGUAUGUCAGAGAAAGGAUUAAAUUUCCUCAGUGAUUUAUAUAUAAUGCAUGUGAGAUAUACGGUUAUUUCUAAUAAUAAGAAAAAUGAAACAAAAUCGGAACGUUCGAUCAAUUUUAUUAUUAAAACCGAACCUCUGAACGGAUUGUCGUGCGAGAUCGCUCGCCAACAAAAUGUAUUCCAGAUCGAAUUGAAAGUUUUAAAAGAUAUUCUGCCGAGAAUAAAAGAAUUUAUCUCUCAUCAAAUUGGACCGAAUUUAUUAUACUCUUCUGAUAACCCUCCAUUUUUCAUUAUGGAGAACUUAAAAGACAGAGGAUUUAUCAUGAAAAAUCGUCAAAAAGGAUUAUCACAUGAACAUUGUUCUUUACUUAUAAAACAAAUUGCGAGAUUACACGCUGGAUCUGUUGCAAUUUUUGAAAAGGAUCCAGAAUUAAUUAAAUUUUUCAAAGAUGGUGGCAUCGUGUCGGUUAAAUGUCCUCAAAUUUUUAUACGAAUGAUGGAAGUAAGUCUUUUACGGAUAGGUAAUCAAAUACAAAAAUGGUCAGAUGAAAAAUGUGCAUGUACAGCGAGCAAGUUAAUAAAAUUAGCAGAAACUAUCGGAUCACGAUGUACGGAUGUCUAUAAUUAUGACGAGAAUGAAUUCUGUGUAUUAAAUCACGGUGAUUGUUGGAUCAAUAAUAUGAUGUUUAAAGAAAAUGAGAAAGGUCAACCUAUCGAUGUUUUAUUGGUUGAUUAUCAAAUGUCUGUUUAUACAUCUCCAGCUAUCGAUUUAUUAUACUUUUUGAAUAUUUGUCCAGAAAUUGAUAUAAAAUACGAUAACGACGAUUAUUUCCUCGGGAUAUAUUUGGACACUUUAGAGGAAACUAUGAAAAAUAUCGAUUGCAAAAGAAAAUCACCGACGAUGAGAGAAUUAAAAGCAGCGUUGUAUAAAAGAAAAAUAUACGCUGUUUUUGCUGGAAUCGUGCUUAAUUUACGAAUGCUGGCAAAUAAAGAAGAUACCGAGGAUUUUGACGAUUUAUUUGGCAAGUUAGGUGAAACUAAAAUGAAUGUUUUCAAAAGUCCAGACGCGGUGAAAUUAGCUAAAAAAAUGAUUCCAAUCAUGAAUGAAAGAGGUUACUUCGAUUGAAAAAACUUAUUUGAAAUAAUAUUAA